AUGAGCUCGUUCGCGGGUCGAAUGAAAGAGUAUCCGAACAUCUCUUUGGACAGGUUUGAUCGGGAAAACAUACAUGCCCGGGCAUAUUUCCUCUCCCACUGCCACAAAGAUCACAUGAAAGGACUUAAGGGACCUCUGCUUAAGAGGAAGCUACAGUUUAGUCGCACUGUCCGACUCUACUGCUCAUUUGUGACCAAAGAGCUUUUACUGAGCAAUGCCAAAUAUUCAUUCUGGGAGGAUUACAUUGUACCUUUGGAGUUGGAAAGCCCAACUCAGAUUUCUUUGGUGAAUGAAGUAUCUGGGGAGAAAGAAGACAUUUUGGUCACUUUGCUCCCUGCAGGUCACUGUCCUGGCUCUGUGAUGUUCCUCAUAGAAGGGUGCCAAGGAAAUGUAUUAUACACUGGGGACUUCAGAUUAGCAGUAGGAGAUGUUUCGAGGAUGGAACAUUUGCAUUCCGGCAGCAGAGUAAAGGAUCUUCAGAGUGUGUAUGUGGAUUCAACAUUUUAUGACCCACGUUUUUAUCAAAUCCCUUCACGGGAUAUCUGCCUAAAUGGUAUUUUGGAUCUGGUUGGAAACUGGAUCAGUCAAAGUCCAUAUCACGUUGUGUGGUUUAACUGCAAAGCUGCUUAUGGUUAUGAAUAUCUAUUCACAAAUUUAGGGGAGGAGUUCAAAACCCAGAUCCACAUCAACAAUCUAGAAAUGUUUAAGAAAAUGCCUGAAAUAGUCCAUUAUGUGACCACUGACAAUAAGACUCAAAUUCAUGCCUGUCGUCAUCCAAAGGAUGAAGAAUAUAUCCAAGGGCACCGUUUGCCUUGUGGACGAACAGCUGCUGAUGGAACUCCACUCCAGAUCAUAAGCAUCAAACCAUCAACCAUGUGGUUUGGAGAAAGGAGCAAGAAAACCAAUGUUAUAAUAAAAACGGGAGCAAGUUCUUAUAGAGCAUGCUUUAGUUUUCAUUCUUCUUAUUCUGAGAUUAAGGAAUUCUUACUCUAUCUCAAACCAGUCAAUAUCUAUCCCAACGUCAUUCCUAUUGGCAAAACACUGACUGAGGUCACUCAUUUAUUAAAUCAAAUAUGCCGAAAGCAGUCAGAUCCAGAGGCAUUUAUAUACAAGCCUUUGGGAGUUCUAAAACGCACCAGGACGGAUCAGUCUUUUGUUGAUCCAGACAGUGAUGAAGGCUUGUUUGAAGGAGUUGAUCUUGCCCCAGUGAGAAAGAAAACACCUACGCAACCAGAAAACGGUCAAGAUAAAACACCUGUAUUAGAACAAACAGAAAUAACCUAUGAGUUAGUCGUUGAAGACCAGCUGCUGCCACAUAAUUACCUUGAUUGUACUGAGUCUAAUGAUGAAGACAAUGGCCAAAGUCACCUCAUAUUCACAGAGUGUGAAGUCCAGCAGGAUCUCCCAGACUCUCAAACCUCAUCUGACUUCGACAUUCCCUGCACACCAGAGUCCAAGGCUCCAGGAUCUGAAGAGUUGCGAGAGCUGUACAGAAGGCUCGCCUCUGGUGAAGAUGUGUUCAACCAGAGAUGA